AUGGUUACCCUUACACCAUCCCCGGCAAAGUCUGUCACUGUAAACACGGUGGAGGAUGAAAGGUUUGCAGAAGUUCAUACAGGUGAUAAGAUCAAUGUCCGACUAGAGGAUAAUGGACGGAUUUUCGAAAGCCUUAAAUUUGGUGCCUGUGCAUGUGCCGUUGGUAUUCAUUCGUAUUCGUCCGGUACUCAUAGUAUCCGAAUCAAGGUACAUUGGGGCAUUCCAAUUUUGGGUAUUCGUUCACGAAAUAUACCACCUGUAGCAUAUGAAGAGUUAAGAGGUUCAUAUGGUGCUGAUCCUUCGACAUACGGCUUUGGAAAGGAUGCUGGUCGUGUUUUUAAUGGGCGAAUGAAACUUAGACAAGGGAAAGACAUGCGAAUUGACCGAACUGAUAUCGUAUUCACAUUCAUUAUUAAUUGUGAUGAACAUCGAUUAAGUUUAAUAGAUGAAGGCAAUGGAGAGCGCGAUGAGGUCGAAGUUGACGUUUCGUGUGCACCGUUCCCUUGGUGUCUCUUUAUCGUUCUCCCUCAAACAACAACUCGAGUAGCACUGAUAUAA